CCCUCAUAAGCUUGCUGAAAAGGCACACAUUUUCUAAAGCUUUUGAUCUCAUCUUCACCAAAAAUCUAGCAGCCAUCCAGUGAACAAGGACAUAAUACAAGUAUCCAGCCCCAAAUCUCCCUUCUCACAGCCUUAAAAUUUUAAUUAUUUCUCCCCAAAAAACAAUAAUUUACAUACUUCGUACUAUUUUUCUUUUAAACCGCCAAUGAAAAUAAUCCGUCCUAAUCUAGGACGGAAAUGAAGUAAGAAAAUCCGUCCAGUCUAUACUUGUUGUAUACAGGACCUACGGAAAAGGUAUGCGUUUUUUAUACUAUUUCGCAGCCUGUAUAAGCAAAGGGAGGUCGGCAACAACAACAAUUGGUCAAAAAGGCGCCAGACAAACAAGGAAACCCGGAUAUUUUUCCCCACUGCAUUUAUUUGAAGAUCGAAAACCUGAAAAACACACUUAUAAGCAUUUGCAGAUGGGGAAUAUCUCAGGAGGAGAGUGUGGAAGGAGAACUUCAAAGUCAAUGGAUGAGAGUGAAUGUGAAAUUGCAUCACCCAGAAUCAGAUUAAAAGAUGGCAGAUUAUUGGCUUACAGAGAAACUGGGGUUCCUAAAGAAGAAGCUAAUUUCAAGAUCAUCAUUGUUCAUGGAUUUGGCAGCAGCAAAGAUAUGAGUUUUUCUGCACCUCAAGGUCUAAUUGAAGAUUUGAAGAUAUAUAUGCUGCUAUAUGAUAGAGCAGGCUACGCGGAUAGUGAUCCAAAUCCUCAAAGAUCACUAAAGAGUGAAGCAUUAGAUAUCGAGCAACUAGCGGAUCAGUUAGACUUAGGACCUAAGUUCUAUGUGAUUGGAGUGUCAAUGGGAUCAUAUCCUACUUGGAGUUGCCUCCAGUAUAUACCACACAGGCUGCAAGGUGUAGCUUUGGUGGCUGCAGUUGUCAAUUAUCGUUGGCCUUCUCUACCUAAAAGCCUAAUCAAAGAUGAUUUCAGAAAAGGUCUUGUUAAAAUAUGUCUUUUUGUUUUGAAACAUAUGCCUGGCUUUCUAUAUUGGUGGAUGACACAAAAGUGUAUUCCUUCGGCCAAUGUAAUGGAGAAGAACACAGUAUUUUUCAGUGAACGAGAUCAGGAAGUUCUGAAAAGAACCCCAGGAUUCGAGCUUCUCAGUGAGAACAAAAUAGAGCAGAGAAGUGUGUUUGACAAUCUGAGGGGUGAUAUUCUGGUAGGAUUCAGUAAAUGGGAAUUCGAUCCAUUGAAACUAAACAAUCCAUUUCCUAAAGACGAGGGGUCAGUUCAUCUAUGGGUAGGCUAUGAAGAUAAGGUGGUUCCAGUUGAACUUCAAAGACAUGUGAUGGGAGAGUUGCCUUGGAUCAAGUACCAUGAAAUUCCUCAUGGCGGACAUUUGAUUGUGUAUGAUGCUGAAGUAUGCGAAUCCAUCUUAAGGGCUCUCUUGCUCAACGAAGAACCUGCAAAAUAUAUACCAUUACCUGGUACACCAAAGCUGAUAACAGCAUCAUGAUUUUCUUUUUACUUCUUUUACCUCUUUUAUCUGUUGCGCCUAUUCUCAUCAUUUGAAUUGGUGAUGCUAUGUGAAGUAAAAGUUAUACCCAGUAGUAUGAUUUGUAAAAAGCAUGCAUUUUAUGUGUAGUAGCUCUUAUUCUGAAACAUGAAAUUUAACAGUAAAUGGAAAUGGUCUUGAAUUAUUGCACA